AUGCCUGUUCGAAUUGCGCCGUCUGCUGCUGCUGCUGCUGCCGCUGCUGCUGCUGCUGCUGCUGCUGCUGCUGCUGCUGCUGCUGCUUGGGUUCAGGAAGCAAACCCCCUGUUGCAGCCGCGGGUGCAAGGAGGCGCUGCUGCUGCUGCUGCUGCUGCUGCUGCUGGGCAGCAAAGAAGCAAAAAGGAAUCAAAGAAGCACAAAAAGAAAAAGAAGAAAGAGAAAAGCCACAAACGCAAACACUCCAAAUAUAAAAGCCGAAGAAGCAGCAGCAGCAGCAGCAGCAGCAGCAGCAGUGAGGGCGAGGGCAGCAGCAGCAGCAGCAGAAGAGUCAAACGCGAAGCCGCUAGAAGGUCUCGCUCCAGAAGCCGAGAUAGAGACAGGGACAGAAACAGAGACAGAGCAGCAGCAGCAGCAGCAGCAGCAGCAGCAGCAGCAAACAAGGACAGGCGCAGCAGAGCCAGCCGUUCUGGCGCAGAAGCGCCGGAGCUGUCAUCUUCUGCUGCUUCACAAAGCAGCAGCGGCUCCUCGAGCAGCAGCAGCAGCAGCAGCAGCAGCAACAGCAGCAGCAGCAGCAGCAGCAGCAGCAGAGUGUACGGCCCCACAAUGGACGGGGCUGGGUGCGAGCCGUCGCCGUUUCGGGUGUCUGCUGACCUGCUGCCUCCCCUGGCAAUAAGGGAAAGAGCAGCAGCACUGGAGAAGCAGCAGCAGCAGCAGCUGCUGCUGCAGCAGCAGCAGCAGCAGCAAAAGGUGUUUUACACGCGGGACUUGCGAGCAGCAGCAAGCAGCAGCGAGGAGGAGCGGCUGCGGGAGAUGAGGGAAGAAGGGCUGAGGCGAGUUGCUGUUAUUUUGCCAAUUCAAAACAAUUAA